AUGGGUUGUAUUGUAAGUUCAGUCGCUUGUUGUUUUUGCAGUUCUGCUGCUAGCUUGUGCUGUGCUUGCCUACCUAGUUGCAAGUCUUCGACGUCUUCACGAAUGAUGUUUAGUAUUAUACUUAUUGUUACAAUCCUUCUUUCAGUAAUCGCUCUAAUUCCUGACGUUAAAGACAGUCUAACCAAAAUCCCUGCACUUUGUACACCUUUUAAGCUGUCUCCAUUUACGAAGGAGCAAAAAGCCGCUCUAGAUUGUGAUGCUAUUACUGGUUUCGGGGCUGUUUACCGUAUUUGUUUCGCAUCAACUAUGUUUUAUCUUGUGUUCUGUGUAAUUAUGAUCCGGGUCCACUCAUCUAUGGACUGGAGAGCGAAAUUACAAAAUGGGUUUUGGUUCUUUAAGUAUGUUUGUUGGUUUGGUUUAUUGAUUGGUGCAUUCUUCAUACCCGUGGAAGGUUUUACAAGUUUAUGGAUGUACGUCGGAAUGAUUGGUGGGAGUUUGUACAUAAUCAUACAGUUAAUUCUUCUUGUGGAUUUUGCUCACUCAUGGAAUGAGAACUGGCUAACACAGUAUGAAGAAAGUGGAGAAAAGUGUUAUGCACUAGGUCUGAUCUUCUUCACUUUUCUCUUUAAUUCAUUGUCGAUCGCUGGAAUUAUACUCCUGUUUAUCUUUUACGCAAGUGCUCCACAAUGUGGACUAAAUAAGGCUUUAAUCAGUCUUAAUCUUAUUUUCUGCUUCCUUGCAUCAGUUAUUUCAAUUUUGCCGAGAGUGCAGGAAUAUAUGCCACAGUCUGGCUUGUUACAGUCCUCGAUGAUUACUGCCUAUGUGACUUUCCUGACAUGGUCUGGUUUAACAAAUGGUCACGAUCCAGUAUGCAACCCAUCCCUAACUAUCGCAAACAGUACAAAUACACAGGAUGGUUCAGUUGUUUUGAAGUUCGAUCGACAUAUUGCUAUCGGUAUAAUAGUGCUCGUUUUUUCUGUUCUUUACUCCACCCUAAGAUCUAGUACAAAAACAUCAGCUGGAAAGUUCCUUAUUUCCGGUACAGAAGAUACAACCUUGGCAGAACAAUUUUCUAGUGCUGAUGACGACGAUGGACGUGAUGGUCAAAAAGUUAGAUCUUCCUCAGUAUGUAGUGCUUAAACUUUCUCACAGGUAAUCAAGCGAUCUGUGGCCCGCAAUAGUAAUCUUGUAGCAGUUAUGUAUAAGCAGUUGGUAGUCAACGAAAAACCUGGUGUUAGGAUAAGGAAUUCAUAACUGUGAGUUGUCUUUCUUUGUCUUCUUGUUUUACAUCGGUACUAUAUUUCCCAUUUCCCUCUACUGAAUAAUGAAAUAUCCGUGUUUGAAUAGUUGAGCUACGCGCUUCAGUUGCAUCUUACGUUGUACAAUAAAACGUGAAACCAAUUUGUAAAACUUGACGAUUUUGAUUCUCAAGGCGUAUUAGUUAAGUAAUUUCUAAUUAGGGAAUGGCGUAUGCUGAUUUGGAAGUGACAUUUAAGCAAGUGAAACAGCCAAGCUUGUUAUAAUAUAUAGUGAUCUGGAAUCCCUGGAUUGAUAGAACUCUGGUAGUUUGUAGUAAGCUAUGUGUUGUAGGGGCUUUAUUGGCUUGAUACGUCAGCAGAAAGCGAAAUGUAGGGUUUCCUGGGAAGUCAGAGAUAAUUCGGCAGUAGAUUUCGGUAAAAUGCUUAUACAUAUUAUGAUUUAAGCUUUUGUGUACUCUGAGCAUUUCAGUUUAGUUUCACAGAUAUUUGACUGCUCUUCCAUUUCCCUCUAACAACUGCCAAGCUUAAAAAUCAGAUGUUGAAGCCUAGUACAAGCUGACACAUAAAUGUAACUUAGCUUUGUCUCAAGAUUCGCUUAACUUUCUGAUGACCCAAGAGCAAUUUAGCGAAGUUUAUUGUCUCGAUCAUACUGCAGAGUAUGAAGUUAUUACAAUGUGGAAAUUGCUUAGAAAUUACUGACUUAACUACGUUUUUUGUCUUACAGUUCAAAACAACGUUCUAAAUCUUCAUACACGGAGUGAUUAGAUAUAAGCACGACAUGACGGGCCCGCGUGCACAACUCCCUGCAGUGCUGAGAGUACUACUGCGCUAUUUUGACAGGUACAUAAUACUCAGUAUGAUACUUGUAAUGCUUAGGAACCUUGCGACACGAUGAAGAAGUUUGUCAUUAGACGUGUGAUCCCAACGUACAGACAAAGGUUACGCCAAAUUUUCACACCAUUGUCUAUUCUGACUCAUCGCACCGUGACAAUUGCCAGUAUGACACUUAGUACUCCUGAAGAACACAUUUGAGUUGAGGACAGAAUAAUAUAUUUAUCAAAAUUAAAACACGAAUUUCAGCGAAGGGAUCUCUUUUCAACGAAUUUAUUAUCAAGCUGUACAAUCGUAUAUAUAUGAAAAUUUUGUUUUUGUAAAAGUACUAAUUCCGUGAGGAAAUGUGAACACAGUUAAUAAAAAAAGGGGUUAUAAUACUAGAUUACGUAAUAUGAAUAAUAACAAUAACAAUAGAUUUAGUGAUUAUAAUAAGAUGAUUAAAAUGAUUUUGAUAUAAUAAUUAAAGGUCAUAGAGGUGUACAAAAAUAAACUGAUAUGAUGAGCGUUCAUGAAUAAAACAAUGAGAAUAUAAGACAUAAGUAAAGGGGGAAUGCAGUAAUAAUAAUAAUAAUAAUAAUAAUAACAUUAAUGGUAGGAUAAUCAAACUAAUUAAGGGCAAGGUAACGAUAAGACGUACUUCUUUUGUACGCAUAGUUCUGGUUUAAGCUCCUGGAUGGCAAGAGCUUCGGCUAUUUUUAAAAGUUGUAUACGAAGAAAUCUGGGUAGAUUUGAACGAAUCAUAUAAACAACCUUAAAAUCAAUUUGUGGAUCUGUUGAAUGGUUAUAGUCGAUUAGGUGUUCAAGAAUAGAACUCCUAACUGCUUUCCUUUCACCCUUAUAGAACCAGGCUAGGAUAUGUUCUCGUAUCUGAGUUGAAAGCGAGCACUGGCUACGGCCAAUGUACCUUGCUCCACAAGAGCAGGUGAACUGGUAGAUGCACAUGGAGGCGACCAGACGCGGAAGCUUAUCUUUUAUGGAUACAGAAAAUAAGUUUCUACUAGUGAAGGAUAUUCGCAGUUUUGCCGCGUUAAAUGUUCUUCUAAUAGUUGUUGUUAGACGGUUUUUGAUUACAUCUGCUAAAAUUGGACCCAAUGGAGACCC